UUAGUAAUUAAUACCAAACAAAAGGGAAUAUUUUUUUAUUUAACCAACUUGGAGUCAGCCACAGUUGGAGACUAUAUUUAUAUUUAUUAUUGUUGGCCAUAGAUAAUAGAUACACAAAGGGUGAUUGUUGGCUCCCAAGUGGUACGAAUUCUAUCAAUUAUUGUUAUUAACUAAAUGACAUGUUAGAUGGCAUUGGCGUACCUUAAUUAUCUACAGUUAUUAGUUUUACUUGUCUAUGAAUCUUACCGUGAUUUUAUCUAUGAUUUUAUCAUUAACCUAGUUUUUGUUUCAUUAUUUUUCCCGCAAAGGCAGCAUUUUGGAAAAUUGGAAUGCAUUCUAAUAUUGUAAUUUAAAUACUUUCUGCUUUACUAAUGGAUUUCAAGUAUAGAAAAGGUCAGCGCUUAGUUUUAGAGCUUGCCUCGUUAGAAGUAUUUGAAGGUGAUUAUGAAUCUGGUACAAAAAACAGGAUCGAUUUAAAUAAUAUUAUUGAAUAUCCAAAUAGCUCUAAAAUAAAGGGUAUUCAGAGUUUUUAUAGAUGUGAUAUACGUAGUGUUAGUGUUGUUGAUAAUGACCAAUCUAGUAGCAGUAGCAGUAAUGAUGAACUAAGUUUUAACAAUUCAGCUGAAGAUAAAGAUUUAACUCAAGUUAUUCUGUUGCCUAAAGUAGAGUAUGAUAGACUGAAAGAUAUGAUGUAUGAUUUCAUAUACAUGGCAACAACAGAUAGGCGGUAUAAAGAUGCAAUUGAUGAUUUACUUAAUGCUGAAAAUAUUGGUGUUGUGGGAUUGGGAAGUCAGUAUGGACGAUCAAAUAAAAUACAAUUGUUGCUGUUAUCUACAUGGAAGCAAGUUUAUAUAUUUGAUAUUUUAUCAUUCAAUCGCAAAAAUUUUGAACCAGAAUUAAAAGAAAUUUUAGAGAGUCCAUUCAUAAAAAAAGUUGUACAUGAUUCUCAACGAUUAAAUGCUUGUUUAUCUCACUGUCAUAACGUAACAAUGGUUAAUUUUUUUGAUACUCAGGUUGCUGAUAUGUAUAUAAACAAAACUGGAACGACUCCAGUUGCAUCAAGAAGUCUAUCUGAUUGUCUUGCUCAUUAUUUUCACUUGCCCUGCAACUUAAUAGUACAAGCAGAGAGAACAGAUAUAAAAAAAUGGCAACAACGUCCUUUAACGGAUGCUCGGAAAACACGAGCUGCCAUACUUGUUAUUUAUUUGAUUGUGUUGAAAAACAAGCUGGAAGAAAUCUUAUUGAGAGACUAUUAUAAUGAAGUAAAAAUUUAUUCUUCAAAUGUAAAAGGUGGAACCUAUUAUGACUCAUUACUAAUAACUAAAAAGACAAGAACAUCAAAAAAUAUUCCCUGCUACAACUAAAUAAACAAAUAAAAGGAAGCAUUUUACAGAGAGUGAUGAAUAGGAUAAAUGGGCGAUAUCAAAGUCAAAUAACUCAUUGCUUUCUAAUCAUAUCUUGCAUCAAUUAAUGCUCUCUUUGAUGUAUAGAUUAUAAUAUUAAAACUAUUGAAGGUGUACUUAUGCAGAAGCAUAUUGAAUAUUUAAAUAAAACACAAGAAUGUUUCAACAAAAGUACAAUAAAAAACAAUUUGACAACUGUUUCGACUUAUUUGAAUUUAGUCUAUAAUUAUUUAAAUGGAACGUCAAAGAACUCAUCCGAAGAUUAAAGGUCGAACUCAACUCAACUCACGCAAACUCUCGUCCAGUGACUUAAAAAAGUCGAGCAAUUGUCAGCCAACUAAGCCAUCAUACUAACAAAACCCUUGACAAAAAGAAUCAUGCCAAAAGUCCACCAAUUGUUUCUUACAUGCAGCACUGGGGAAGGCCAGGUCAUGGCAGCUUUUGCAACUUUUGAAUGGUGAUGUCAAAUUGUUUGCAUUCAACUGAUUAGUUUUCAAUUGCAGAUCAAAGAGUAUUGUUUUCCGAUCGAUUUAAUAUCAUUCAGUGCGAAAUAUAGUUAGAAACCAAUGAAUUACUUCAUCCUCUGUACUGCUAGAAAUAAAAAACAAAAGCACGUUGUA